CGCCGCCGAGGAGGCCGAGGCCACUUCCUGUGGAGGCCGCAGCAGGACCGGGAGGAGGAGGAGCCGCAGCCUGCGCCACACGGGAGGGAGCCGGAGCCCGAGCCGGAGCCGAGCCCUCCCGCCGCCGCCGCCGCCGCCGCAGCCAUGGGCCAGAACGACCUGAUGGGCACCGCCGAGGACGUCGCGGAUCAGAUCUCAUCGUUUCUUCGAGUCACGAAGCAGUACCUCCCUCACGUGGCACGCCUGUGUCUUAUUAGCACCUUCCUGGAAGAUGGCAUCCGAAUGUGGUUCCAGUGGAGUGAACAGAGAGACUAUAUUGAUGCUACUUGGAACUGUGGCUACAUCCUUGCCUCCAUCUUCGUGUUCUUAAACUUGCUUGGGCAGUUGACUGGCUGUAUCUUGGUAUUGAGCAGAAAUUUUGUACAGUAUGCCUGCUUUGGACUCUUUGGAAUUAUAGCAUUACAGACUAUUGCGUACAGCAUUUUAUGGGAUCUCAAAUUUUUGAUGAGGAAUUUGGCCUUAGGAGGAGGACUGCUGCUGCUCUUGGCUGAGUCCCGAUCUGAAGGGAAGAGCAUGUUUGCAGGUGUCCCAACCAUGCGAGAGAGCUCACCCAAACAGUACAUGCAGCUUGGUGGGAGGGUAUUGCUGGUCCUGAUGUUCAUGACCCUUCUUCACUUUGAUGCCAGCUUCUUUUCUAUUCUUCAGAACAUCGUGGGCACAGCUUUGAUCAUUUUAGUGGCCAUCGGUUUCAAAACCAAGCUAGCUGCCUUGACUCUUGUCAUCUGGUUGUUUGGCAUCAAUGUCUAUUUCAACGCUUUCUGGACAGUCCCAGUCUAUAAGCCCAUGCAUGACUUCCUCAAGUAUGACUUCUUCCAGACCAUGUCAGUGAUUGGAGGCUUGCUUCUUGUGGUUGCCUUGGGCCCUGGUGGUGUCUCCAUGGAUGAGAAGAAGAAGGAGUGGUAACAGCCCCCUUGUCCCUGCUCGCUGAAAAACCAGUGGCUAUCAAGGACAGUAUGGAUUCAACAAAACUGCCAGCAUUUGCAUCCCUGACUCCCUUCCCCUGGUAAAGGCACAGGUGUUUUGAGAACUUUAUUUACAGUGACACAAUCUGAAAUUGAUGGUUAAAUCUGCUUUGGAGGCAUGCUCAGUUCCAAAUUUUAGUAUUUUGGUUUUUCUUUUUUUUUUUUUUUAGGCUGGCCAGCCUGAACAGUUACUAUAUCACCCUUUAGCUGAGGGCUUUUGAAAUUCAUCUGCAUGGGCAGCUUGGCUGAUCCUGGCUUUUGUUUAUAUUUUUAUGGUUUGGGGGGGAGGGUGGAGAAAUGAACCUUCAAGUUGUACUGUGAGCAGAUACACAACUGUAUCAUUCGAUGUGGUGGUCUGUUUUUUUGUUUACAUUUUUAGCUAGAACUACUAACUGAUUUGAGAUUCCCUGGCCAAAUAUUACUUAUUUUAAAACUUCCUUAUAAAAAAAAUUCUCCCCUGUGGUGGCUUUAAUGUUAUUUUUCAAAUUUUUGUAGGAAAAAUGAUUUAAUAAGUCAAACAAAAAUCCAAAGAAGUACAGUAUUAACACUCUGCUAGAACUGACACAAUGGGGCUCCUGUUAGGCAGCUGUAUAAAAGGUAGCAAGAAACAUCAGUGUGACUCUUUGGACUGGUAUAAGUCUUAUACAGGCAGUGUUUCCCCCCAUCACUAAAGUUGCACUGAUUAAGCUUUGGUGGUUUAAGAUAGGAAAAGGGAGCCUGUUGAAGACUGUUUUAGGCACUGACUGCAGCAAGGCAUCAUGGCCUUUUGAAGUAUAAGAGCAGGGCAGUUGUCCACAGUGGGUUUACAGGCAGUGAACUAGACCUCAUUGAUACAUUUGACAUGGUAGGCAAUGGAUGCUAUUGGAGCAUAGCAUCUCAGGUAGGAUGAUGGUGGCUUCUUCUGAAGGCUUCAUCUCAGCACCAUUUGGGGUUGGUUCAAACCAAUGCCUCCCAUUCUUUUCUCACAGCCAAGAUCUUAGCUUACUGUGAAGCCCUAUUUGGGGAUCUGAAUGGGUUUUAGCAGCUCCCAUCACCCAGAUUUUUCCUUUUGUUAGGGGAUUUUUCCCAGGCUGUGGCCAGGAACUGGGUUUUUAUCCCAGGGUCUACCAUUUCAGGAGGCUGUUGCUUUGUUGUUCAAUUUUUUAUUUUCUUCUCUUUUUUUGCUAUACUGUAUACAGCCAAAUUGAAUUUUUUAAAAAAAGUGUGUGAUGCCUUACUGAUUUGAUCUUGAUCCUGUAUUUAAAGUUUUCUAACAUUGCCUUAUGCUGUGUUUCUCUUUUUUUGGGGGGCAGUAUAUUGGUUGUUGCAAUCCUAUAUUUAAAAAGUGUCCCUGUGUUUUAUAAUGUAGUAUAAAGCUACCGAGGGAUAGUUAAAACCUCUCUUGCAGUGCCUCCCCAACUCCUUAGAACCUUCUUGUGCAGCCGAAUUGCUGUCACUCUGGUGGCAGUGAGCUAAGCGGCUCCUUUUUGCUCUUGAAGGGAUAUUUAAUACUGGAAAUUUAGUUCCUACUUGCGAGUUUCCAGGAUCAUAGCAUCCUGAACUGUUUCAAAUAGUAGUUCCUUUCCAGCUGUAAAGCCCUUCCCUGUAAUGCAGGGCCUGUCAGUAUGACUAUCUUUGGGAUGAGAAUCCUGAGUCUACACUUUCCUCUGUUUAUGUGUCUCCCUUCUGCUUAUUAAUGAGAUUGUUUUAUUAGACUAUUGGAAAUGGCAAAGGAUGAAGAAUGGAAGCCUUUUUCUAAUGACUUGUACCUAAGGAGAAGGGGUAGAAUUUCUGCUCAGUUUCUCAAAGUAUUAUGCCAAGCUCUGAGAGAGCUCUUCUCUAGCCUGUCAUUGCAGGCCAGGCCCACAGUGCAGCCGGAUUUCGUCCUGACCAGGCCAACUAGCAAAACAUUGACCUCUUCCCUAUUUCCUCAAGUAUUUGUAAGAUGAAGCUAAAUAAGUUCAAUAUUCUAUCGAUUAAUUAUUGAGAUACUCAUGUUAAGAAAGGGUGGUUUGUAAACAGUGUUUUAGCCAAAGAAAGGCAAUUUUUUGGUUCCAGGUCCCAUUCGUUCCCCCUUACUAAUGCCAUCUAGCAGCACAGCAGGCCCAUCAACUCACAGGUUAGUUUUUUUUGUAAGCAACAUCUUUGCCAAGGCAACCCGAUCUGUUCUCCUCACCCCCGCUCUUCCACAGACUGGCUUUUUACUGUUGGAGAAGUGGGACUGAUGUGAACGUCUGAAACAGUGAGCCUUCCCAUGAUUGCAGUGUCUCUGGCUCUGCUGCUUCAUUUUCACCCUGUGAUUUUUAGUGGUUCAAAGCCUGGGGCAGGGACAGAAACUUGUAUUUACCAACGAUUGGCUUUGGCAAAAGUGUUCUGGUUUUUUGUUUUUUUUUUGCUUCAUGUGGGAAAGAAUAGGUAUAAAUCUCAUUUUAUGCUGUAUUUUAUAUCUUAGUUGUAUUUGAAAAUGUUUUGAUUUUUGGAAACAAACAUCAAAAUAAAAUAAUGGCAUUUGUUGUACCUA